GAGAAACUGAGGGAUGAGAGAGGGAUGCUACGGAAAUGUUUCCCUCACAACAGAAAACACGCUGCUAUAAACACCGCGCAACAACAGCAUGUGACUGAAAUACCCCAAACGAAGACCAUCAAUCAGGGGAUGCCAGAAGACCAGGAUGGACAGAUAUAAAUGUAUACAGUAGCCAAAAUGACACAUUUUAGGAUUGUGAGCUGUUGAAACAGAAGGUCACCAUCAACAGUCUGGACCUGAAUCCACUACCAUUAUAUUUUGUUUUUCUAAAGAAACCUUCUGGAGCCCCUUUUGACCUGCUUUUCUAGACGUUGGGAAACCUGAAGCUGACGUCAUAUCUGCCAUCAGUAUGUUUGGUUAAGAAACUGAGAAAUCAUCAACAUUUGACACUUGUGAUUGUAUACCAAGAAAAUCAAUCUUUAGUAUUCUCUGACUGUUGAAGAGCUUUGGAUCAAGAUGUUUACUGCUCUGAAGAAAUUGGUGGGCUCUGAAGCAGGGCAGCUCAGGGAUAGAAAUAUUCCUGCUGGCCUGCAGUCCAUGAAUCAGAGUCUACAGAGACGCUUCGCCAAAGGCGUACAAUACAACAUGAAAAUCGUCAUCCGUGGAGACAGGAACACAGGGAAAAGCACCCUUUGGCAUCGACUUCAAGGGAAAAAGUUUUUGGAGGAGUACAUCCCCACCCAGGAGAUCCAGGCCACCAGCAUUCACUGGAACUACAAAACAACAGAUGAUGUAGUGAAAGUUGAAGUCUGGGACGUGGUAGAUAAAGGGAAAGGGAAAAAACGUGGGGAGAAUUUGAAACUGGAAAAUGAACCUCAGGAGGCGGAAACAGAGCACGCUCUCGACGCAGAGUUCCUGGACGUUUAUAAGAACUGUAACGGCGUGAUCAUGAUGUUUGACAUCACCAAACAGUGGACGUUCAACUACAUCCUGAGGGAGUUGCCAAAAGUGCCAACACACAUCCCUGUGUGUGUCCUGGGUAACCAACGGGAUAUGGGCGAGCACCGGGUCAUCUUACCCGAUGAUAUAAGAGACUUUAUCAACAGUCUGAACAGACCUCCGGGCUCCUCCUACAUCCACUAUGCCGAGUGCUCCAUGAAGAACGGCUUUGGUCUCAAAUACCUCCAUCGCUUCUUCAACAUUCCCUUCCUGCAGCUGCAGAGGGAGACUCUGUUACGGCAACUGGAGACUAACCAACUUGACAUUGAUGCCACACUAGAGGAGCUCAGUGUACAACAGGAGACGGAGGAUCAGAACUAUGACAUAUUUCUUGAGAUGAUGGAGACACGCAAAGCUUACGGAUCUCUGGCACCCUCUAAUGGUCAGAGCCCGUCGUCAGGCUCCCAGUCUCCUGUGGUGCUGACCGGUGCAGCCUCUCCCAGUAACUCCAGUCCCAGUACCCCACAGGCUCCUCUCCCUCCCCAGACACAGUCUGUACCUACACCCCCUCCAUCUAUACCACACCCUCCAUUCCAGAGCACAACUACCCAUAUACCCCAGACCCAGACAUUAUCACAAACCCUGGAAGUGUCUGCCACUGCACCGAUAUCUGCAACUGUCAGUGCCCAACCUGCAGCUCCUCUGGCCCAGAAACGAGGAUUCAUCUCACGACUGUUUGGAUCUUCAACUGCUGACAGUCUAGCAGACAAAAUAGAAACUACGAGUUCUGAAGUCCCAAAAACUUUUGGAAAGGUGCAUAAUGUGGAUGACUUUGUGCCGGACUUGGGUUUGGAUCGGAACUUUCUGGAUGAUGGUGGAACAGCAGGAGCAUUAGCCGUUAAAUCAAAGAGCAAACCUCCAACAUUGACUCCCAUCCUGGACAGUGACAGUGAUGGAGAGGGGCGGGGAAAUCCUCUGGUCUCCGGUUUCCAGGACGAUUUAGAUCCGGAUGACAGAGCACCUUGUCGGCCUGCUGUUAAAGUGGUAGUCCCGAGCAAGGACAUCACCCUCACUAGUGAUGAAGAGGAGGAAGAUGUAUCUGUACCUUCCACUGCCCAAAACAAGGGUAUCAGUGCUGAGCUAAACACAAAGGGAUCUUCAGUGAAAUCACUCAAACAGCAGCAAACCAAGUCAGCUGAGAGACCACAAAGUCUGAAAACUACAGCAUGUCCUGCGGUUCAGCAACAAGGUCAAAAGACAGGGGGCGCACUUGAAGCACACUCCUAUUCAGAACAUGAAGCUCAGCAGAUGCUUUCAUUUGUCAUGGAUGACCCUGAUUUUGAGAGUGAAGAGCUCGAUAUACCCAAGAUCAAGAAGGAGGCUUUUCCAGCACGAGAUGAUUUAUCUGACCGGUCAGAUGAUGGUUUUGUGUUCGCUGGACUCCCGGAGCCCCCCAAAACCGUUGCUCCCUCAUUUAACAGUGACAUUGACCUGUUCGGCCUGGGGUUUGAAGAAACUACACCUAAGAACAAAAACAGCAGUGAAGACCAGGAAGAUAAUGAAAGCAGACACUCCACAAAGGACAAGAAAAAGAAGAAAAAGAAAAGCAAAGAGGAGGAUGAGAAAAGCAGCAAAAAACGACACAAACACAAGAAAAAGGAGAAAGAUGAGCCUGGCACAGGGGACGAGAAAGAAAAGAAAAAUAAAAAAUCCUCAAGGACCAAGAAAACUGGAACUGUUGACGAUCUGGAGGCAUUCCUGGCUGGCAAAGAGGGACCAGGAAACAGUGAGGUCGGACACUAUGAAGAACUCUAGGACUCCAAUGAACCAAUCAGGGUUUAACACCAACAUCAACUGUGUGGCAUCGGCAGGUCUUUGUCCAAUCCAUUCCACCUCUGUUUUGCAGAGCCUAACCUUUUAAUUUCCGACAGUGUUUUGUGCUUCCAGCAUUGCAGCUUUAAGUCGCAGUUGUUCACCCAAUGCCAUUUUCCAAAGUGUACAUCAGUGUUUUAAGACCUGCAACCUGUUUUUCGACAUCAAUCCAUUUUUUCAGGAAGAACAGAGCCACAUUUUAUCUGCUGCUUUAAAUAGUCCUGAGAUUAUUCCGUUAUUACCUGAAAAUAACUCAUUUCAGAAAAACUAAAAAGUUCCUCAAAGACUUGAUGACGUUUGACACAUUUUAGCAUUUAUUGGUUUUGUUUUGUUUUAUGUGUGUGUGUGUGCGGCGUGUGUCUUUCAAUAUGUGUACUUAUAUAUUCCUGAAAGCUUUUGACGCAUUUUUAUGGGCUAGCAUGCACAGAUGAUUGUACAUUUUUGUUAAACAACAGUAUAGAUGGGAUAAUCGGCAGACUUUGCAUGCUAAUCUACACACCAAAAUUCCACAUAUUGGGCAUCAUACUGUAAGCACGGGCAGGACAAUUUUGUGUGUAAAUCGCUUGUAAAAUGUUUCUUACAUAUAUUGUCACGUUGAAUGUUUUUUACAAAAGAAAUAUGUUAAAAAUUUGUUUUGUAAUUCAUAAAUCAUUUGUAAAAUCAUUCUUACUCGGAUCGUCCCAUUCAGUUCAAUAUAAUAUACGUAAGAAUGGUUUUGAUGCUGUCAACAGAAAUUCAUCCAAAAUCUAUUUAAAUUAUUUGUUAAAUCAUUGCUACUUACAUUUCCCAUUUAAUAUUUAUACAUUUAUUCAAUAUUUUUUUAAUCGAUGCAAAGUGGGACAUUUUUUGACAGAUUAUAUUCAAUUAAAAGUAGUUAAAUAAAUAGAUAUUUGUGUUUUACUUUGUUUUCGUCAUAUAUUGAUAAUUGAUAAUCGACUAAUUAUGAUCGCUAUCGAUAAGAAUGUAGUUAAAUCUAAUUGGCUCCAGGUUAAGUGGCAGGAACAUUAAACUCAAUGUAACAAUUUCCGUAAGAAUGUUUUUUUUCUCUGUUACUUUACAAAGAAAUUUGUUGUGCACAUUUCAUAAAUCAUUCGGGAUUUGCAUGAAUUGCGUUAAAUUGGCCUAAUUUACAUAAGAAUGUUUUUUACCGACAAUUUACUUGCGAUUUACGCAGAAAUUAGUUUACUUUGUUUACUUGCUUAAAUUGCCUCUUCAAUUCAAUGCAAAAAUUUACAUAAAUGUUAUUAACGUACUGUUUACGCAGAAAUUCGUUGUGCUCAUGUUUCAUGAAUCAUUUGUAAAAUCAUUCAAUGUUAAUUGUUCCAUUUAUUUCAAUUCAACAAUUCACAUCAGAAUGUUUUUACGCUGUAAACGGGCAUUCGUACAAAAUGCAUUUUGGUUAAUUAAUUAUUUGCAAAAUCAUUAAAUUUCUUUAAAUUUUCGCUUCAAUUCAGUGCAGCAAUUUAUGUAAAUGUUAUUUAUGGACCGAUUACAAAACAAUUGCUUGUGCUCAUGUUUCACGAAUCGUUUGAGAAACAAAUCUUGCGUAAAAUUGUCCCAUUCAAUUCAGUGCAACAAUUUGCGCAAUACAUUUUUUUCAUUAAUGAUUUACGCAGAAAUUCGUUGUGCUCAUGUUUCAUUAAUCAUUUGUAAAGUCAUUCUUACUUAAAUUUUCGCUUCAAUUCAGUGCAACAAUUUACGUAAAUAUUAUUUACGGACCGAUUACAAAGAAAUUGGUUGUGCUCAUUUUUUAUGAAUCGUUCGAGAAACCAGUCUUGCGUAAACUUUUCCCUUCAAUUCAGUGCAACAAUUUGCGCAAUACAUUUUUUAAAUUACGAUUUACGCAGAAAUUGUUCUGCUCAUGUUUCAUUAAUCAUUUGUAAAAUUAUUUUGUUAACGGUCUCAUUUAGUUCAAUCCAACAAUUUGCAUAAGAUUGUUUUUGUUAAAAACAGACAUUUAUUCUAAAUUAAUUUUGUUUCGUAAAUUAUUUGCAAAUUAAUUCUUAAUUAAAUUGUCCCUUCAAUUCAUUGCUACAAUUUAUGUAAAUGUUACAUUUAUGUGACUACUUGCACAGAAAGAAGUCACAUGUUGUGCUCAUGUUUAACUAAUUGUUCGAGAAAGCAGUCUUGCGCAAAUUUGUCCCGUUCAAUGCGACAGUUUAUGCAAGAACAUUUUUACCAGGUACACAAUUCGCUCCUCCCGUGCUUCAUUAAUGAGGCCCAGUGUCUUAUGAUUGUCUUCCAGAUGUUAUUUUGAACAGUCCCUGGAGCUCUUCGUAAUUUUGCCUCUCAAAUAAAUCAGUCUGUUGCGUAAUUCUAUUUAAUAACAAAAGCGUCUUAUGCUGCCAUCAAUUUCCUUCUAUUAAUGCCUUAAGCUGUUCUACACUUAACAAAAGGAAAGCCUUCAUGAAACAAUCGUCUGUUGAGUAACGGCAUUAACUUCCAGAAUUACUGCAAGCUGUAGAGACACUUCCGCAGCGAUCCCAUUUAUAAAUGAUGUACAGAAGGCAUUGAGCAGUGUCUCUGUCAACUUGUAAUUAUGCAGUUUAUUUAUGACUACAAAUAUUUUAAUGAUAAAAAUGGUAGUUUCAUUAUCACAGUUUAUGAUUCCAGACGGCUUCUCCAUCAGAUUGUCUAUUUUCAAAGUCUUUUCGAGUCGAUAUGUCCAAAUCCUUUGCUGCAUAUCUUAAUUUUUAUUUAGAUGGCUUGUGUACUUUGAUGUUGAUGCUAGUUGUAUGUAGCUCUAUUGUUAAGAUAUGUUCACUAAGACAUUCCAGGUAACUUACAAACUAAACACUGAAGUUCUCUCCCAGUUAUGCUUUACAACAUACAAAACUAAAUUAAGUUUUAGGGAAACAUCUUAUAAAAAUAAGACAUUUUACAGUAUGUACAUUUGUAAAAUUCUUAAGCAUUUAAUGUCUUAAUUUGAAUGCACACGUUUCAACUAUCUAAUAUUUUGGUGCAAUUUGAAGAAUGUUUUGGCCUCAUAUGAUGCAUUAAUGUGUUCAUGAAUGAAAAAUAUAGACAAAUGAUUGUUUAAUUACUCAUAAUGGGCCUCGUUCAUGAAAAACAUGGUUUGUAAUAUGAUUCCGACGUAAAUUAUCGCAUUUAAUUUAUUGUGACGGUUUGGUAAAGAAUUGUUUUAUGAAUGAUUUGCAUGGAAAUUCCCCAAAAGGGACCCAAUGUUUAUAUGAUACGGUAUGAUAACGAUUUGUUUUUUGCUUUGGAUUGUAGUGGAAUCUACUUCGAGGAUAGGGCGGGAAUUUAUUGUCUGGAAUAGUUUUGCGCACUCUUGCAAUAGUUUGCGUUCCCUCGAAAUUAGUUUUGGGUUUCUUCGCAAUACCAUUAUCCAUCCCUUUCAUUUUACUACAGUAACCAUAUUUGAACCAUGAUAUUUGUGGCAAAACCGUAGCAAUAAUACAAGAAAAAAGAAGCUAAUAAAAAUCAUAAUCAUUCAAUAAACGUAGUUGGUUUUACUGUAACAUCAUGGUUAGUUUGUGGUACAUGUACCAUGGUUUAAAAAAGAAAAUGGUUACUGCAGGUUUACUAGGGUUGGAUAAAGGGAUUGCGAGGGAACGCAAAACUAUUUCAGUAAGUCAAUUCCCUCCCUGUCUUCUAAGAGGCUCCGUGGAAAUCCGAUUGGCUCCAAGUUUAGUGGCAGGAAUGCAAUUGAAUGACAUCAUUUUGCAACUUCUUGCGACUUCUCCGAAAUUGUUUUGACCCUCAAAAUGUCAAAUGGUUUAAAUUGAUUUUGUUGUUGGAUUUUCUCGAUUACAUGCAACAUGUUGUUGGGACUUUCCACCUCACGAAAGAAAGUCUUGAUUCGUUUUUGAUGGUAUCAUGAGGUGAUCUGUUCACCUUUUGAACUUUUUGGUUGUUUUGGCCCAAAGAUAUCUCUCUGCCUAUUUUUACUCCACAGACUGCCCUGCAAAGGCUUAAUCUCAGGCAUAGAUGCGCUUUCACCCUGAGGCACUGCUGUGUCGACAACUGAAUGUUUAUAUCGAUAGUAUGUUGGAUUAAUAAGUAACAAGUAUCAUUCAGCCCGAACUGAUUUGCAGUAACUAACCGUCAACUUACUAACAGUACAUUUAAACACAGAUUCCUGCAAAUUCCUGUCUUUUCCGACCAUCAUCUGUGUCUUAGGUCGUUGCAAAAUCAAGCAUGCUGUCAGCUCCACAAGCACCGCUUAGCGCAGCUGAUGCAUCACGCUGUCACCAUGGAACCACACGCCCGGGAUGAUCUAUACAUGCUCACUGUGAUAAAUAGUCUUGCUCUCGUGGAUUUAUGAAUACACUCUUGACUACUCUCACCCCAAUCCAGGGAAAGUGCACAAGUGCGCACCUCGACCACAUAUCAACUUCCUCUUUUACCUGCCUCAAGUAUGAUUGACUCCUCAAGGCCCUUGAUUUAUUUAUAUUUCAGCUUGGCAAAAGAAAUGAGUGCAUUGAUGCUGCAUUAGUUCUGGCUGGUUGUUGGACUGCAUGCAACAUAUUUCCUGCAUAGCGUUUUUCAACGGGCCUUUAUUGGAUUUAACGGAAAUGUGUUUUGAAUAUGUGGGAACGCUAGUUUUAAACCUCAUUGAUUUGAUUUUAUUCAUCCAGCUGCAUAUCAUUUACAAAGCCUUUUUUUGUGUUGUUUGGCCAUUAAUGGUUGUGUAACGAUUGCUUAUUUCAUAUUUUGUUACCCUGUUUCACUACCCUCAUUUGAUUUAUGUGUUUCAAUUGUGUAAUAAAUGCAAGAGACAUCUGACAAGGUUUGAAGGGUC